UGUGGGCCCACUAGUCGGGUGGCGUCUCGUUCGCCCCUGAUUCUCUUCAGGGCUGGCUCAGCCAGCUUCGAAGCAGAAGUCCUACGAGGUGGAACAAGUCAGGCGGCCGUUCUUCAAGAGCGCGGGGCUCGCGAGUAAGAAGACUCGUCGCGUUUCCGCCAUCCGUCGAUUCCAAGGGGCCUCACGAGCACGACGCGGAGAAGAGAGAGGGAGAGAGAGAGCACGCUGCCAUUCGUUUCGAGCUCAUAUACAUAUGCAUCGCUCUUUGGGCUGUUGCUUUCGCUAGUUUAUCCACCCGCUUCGCCUCCUUUCCUCGCCAAUAAACAAGAAGAAAUAGCGUUGAGGAUAGUCGCAGGGAGGCGAAGCGGAGGUGACAAUGGUGGUUCAGCUCAUGGCGAAGAGCUCUGUAGAAGAAGAUAGCAGAGGAGGAAGGGACGGAGAUGCGGCUGGGGUGGCCCGGCAUCCGUACGAUUUCCUUGAGUCGGGUCCUCGCAAUCUACCCUGCCCCAAUUGGAGAGAUCUAAUCCGCUCCAGCUGGAGGGACCCGAACUACAAGAGAAUGGUGAUCGCUUGCUUCAUUCAGGCCGCGUACCUGUUAGAAUUGGACAGACAAGACAAGAGGACAGAGGAGAAUGGCCUCGCUCCAAACUGGUGGAAACCAUUCAAGUACAAGCUAACACGGACUCUGAUCGACGAAAGGGAUGGCUCCAUCUACGGCGCGAUUCUGGAAUGGGACCGAUCUGCCGCCAUGGCCGAUCUGGUACCGGUGCGGCCGAGGGGUGCUCCCAAGGCCGUUCUGGCGCUCCGUGGGACGUUGCUGAAGAGCCCUACGAUACGGAGGGACUUGCAAGACGAUCUCCGCUUCCUUGCACGGGAGAGCUUGAAGGGCUCCGUCAGAUUCGCGGGAGCACUCGAAGCGCUCCAGUCGGCCGUCGCCCGCUUCGGCAGCACCAACGUGUGCAUUGGCGGGCAUUCCUUGGGAGCUGGCUUUGCUCUCCAGAUCGGCAAGGCAUCGGCGAUGCAAGGCGUGUUCGUCGACUGCCACCUGUUCAACCCUCCCUCGGUCUCGCUGGUCAUGAGCCUAAGGAUCAUAGGCGAGAAGGCGAGCUCCGUGGUGAGGAGAAUGAAAGUUGUGGCUCGUAGCGGUGAGGUCGCGGCUGCCGCAGAGGAAGCCAAGGCUUCGGAAACGAAUGGGUCGUCCGCAGAAGCCAAGAGAUGGGUGCCGAAUCUGUACGUGAACAACAGCGACUACAUUUGCUGCUACUACAACGACACCGCCGGUGUCGGUGCAAACGGCAGUCCAGAUGCGGUGAAGCCAAUUCCUCGCAAUGGGGAUGCGGCGGCGAAGUUGUUUGUGGCAUCGAAGGGGCCUCAGAGGUUCCUGGAAGCUCAUGGACUUCAGCAAUGGUGGUCGGAUGAUAUGGAGCUACAACUGGCUCUCAGCCAUAGCAAGCUCAUAGACAGGCAACUGAGGUCCUUGUAUGCCGUCUCCCAACCCCAUCCCUCAUCGAAAUCCUAGUAGAACCAGCUGCUGGGGAAACGUCGCAGUGCAACAAAGGAGACAACACCUACGAUCGGUACCGUCGUCUCCUCUUCUUCUUCUGUGAAUCAUUAGUGCAUACGGCCAGGGCCGUGGCCUUGAUCUCCAGUCGGUGGACCACCGCAAACUAUGAUCCAGCACAGAUAUCGGAUGAUCCCCGGCAACAUAUCACACCGUCCCGAGCAAUCCUUCGCCAUUCCAGUAUCGCCUUUCUUUUCGCCGCGCACCACCGAGACCGGGAGGGCCAAUGCCGCCACCACCAGCAUCGUCGCUAGUAUCGCGGUCACUCCUCGGGACGCCAUCGCGCUGUUGCUUCUGCAGCUGAGCUUUAUGCCUCCGUCAUGGGACUGCUUAUAUAGCCGCUGUUGGGGACGAUGGCUUGUGGUCAUAGGAGAAGAAUGAAGU